ACCGUAUGAAUGAUGAUAAAAGCUGCAUUGCGUUGGCUAGAUAUCCACAUACUCAUGCUCCUCCUUGCCACCAUCAGUCGCUCCAACAUUUAGUACGGAUCCUGCGAGCCCAUACCAUAUAUCAACACCCAAACCAGACAUUACACUUGGGCUUGAUCAUAAUGGCUUUGAGCUACAUCAGCAACAGCGUCUCGUUUAUCAUCAGGCGUUUGGAUCGAUACUUAGUGACCCACAUGCUGCUGAAAUGGGUAUACGGUUUCCAUUCCUAAUUGGAGAAGCGAAAGAAUUGAGCCAGAAUGGCAACUUGGUGAGUGCGCAGAAUCAAGCUAGCGUUGCUGGAGCAUCUAUGCUUGCAAUCUUGAACGACCUUCGCGACCAAGCCCAAUGGAACACACACUUGGCGGCUGACAAUAAGUCAGCUUUCAAAGAGAUGCCAGUGCUUGUUUUUUUUUAUCGUUACUGAAGGCGCAAUACACGAAAUGUGGGUACAUUUUGAGUAUCAAAGCGCUUAUCACGCGCACUGCUCUCGAUCAUUUCGGGCAACUCAUUUUCAUGAUACAAAGCAAUUUGUUCUCUUCAUUUCUCGAAUUGUGGAGUGGGGUGCUGGGGCAUAUCGGGAUGGCAUCAUGAAGAAGCUGGAUCAGGUG